CCCACUGAUGGUUCAUAUAGGCAAUAUAACAAACAUGUGCAUCAGGAAUCAAACAAGAAAGAAGAACAAGAUGGCUAGCGCGCGGGAUUCAAAGGUGAGAGGGAUAGGCGCACUGAAAGAAGAAGAAAAAAAAAAUUUCCGUCCGGAAUUUGACCUGAGAAAACUAAUUUGCCGGAAUACUCAGACCGAAUAUUGUAGUAGUAUUUCCACCUUUUCCCCCUCCCCCAUUUAUAUUCUCUGCUUCCCACUCUUCACCACUCUCUCUCGGCAAACCUUUCCCUCCCUUCCGUCUCUCCAAUGGCUCUUCCCCUGUUUCUGUUCCUUCUCUUCUCCCUUCUUCCCCCUCUCCAUGCCACCGCCACCAACCAAUCCCACUUCUUCACUCUCAUCAAAGCUUCCCUCUCAGGACCCACUCUCUCCGACUGGGACAUCGACGGCGGCAAACCCUUCUGCAACUUCACAGGCAUCGCCUGCAACGCCCAAGGCCAAGUCGAAAAGUUCGACAUCUCAUGGAAGCAAAUCUCCGGCAGCUUCCCUCCCGAUAUCUGCUCCUACCUCCCGAACCUCCGCAUCCUCCGUCUCGGCCACAACCAUCUCCACGGCAGCGAUCAAUUCCUCCCCACCAUCGUCGCCAACUGCUCGCUCCUCGAAGAGCUCGACAUGAGCGCUCUGUACCUCGCCGGCAAAUUCCCUCCCGAUUUCUCGCCCCUGAAGUCACUGAGAGUCCUCAACAUGUCCUACAACCUCUUCACCGGCGAUUUCCCACUCUCCGUCGCCAACCUCACCAACCUGGAGCUCCUCGACUUCAACGAGAAUGGGAACCUCAACUUAUGGCAGCUUCCCGAUAGCUUCUCCCGAUUGACAAAGCUCAAAACCAUGAUACUGACCACCUGCAUGGUACGAGGUACGAUCCCCCGUUGGCUAGGGAACAUGACCUCGCUCGUCGAUCUCGAGUUGAGCGGGAAUUACCUAACGGGAGGAAUUCCCGUACAGCUCGGGCUGCUGAAGAAUCUCCAGUCACUCGAGCUGUACUACAAUUACGAGCUCUCCGGUCCCAUACCGGAAGAGCUUGGCAAUCUGACCGAGCUGGUGGACUUGGACAUAUCCGUCAACAAGUUGACCGGCAACCUCCCGGCGUCUAUAUGCCGCCUGCCGAAGCUCCAAGUGCUGCAGCUUUACAACAACAGCCUGUCAGGAGAGAUUCCCGACGCUUUAGCCGAGUCAACAUCACUACGCAUUUUGUCGCUGUAUGGCAAUUCUCUAACAGGGGAAGUUCCCAAAGGGCUCGGGAGACUGUCGCAAAUGAUGGUGCUUGACUUGUCGGAGAAUCGGCUCUCGGGGGAUUUGCCGGCGGAGAUUUGCAACGGAGGUAAGCUGCUCUACUUUCUGGUACUGGAUAAUUUGUUCUCCGGGGAGCUACCAAAGAGCUUGACGCAAUGCAAGACUCUGUUGCGAUUCCGCGUCAGUCACAACCGUUUGGAAGGGUCGAUCCCUGAGGGACUUCUGGGUCUCCCACAUGCUUCAAUUAUUGAUCUUGCUUACAAUAAUUUCACUGGUUCAAUUGAUAAAUCGAUCGCCGUUGCUAGAAACUUGUCCGAGCUUUUCAUCCAGAGCAACAAGAUAACAGGGACACCGCCGCCUGAAAUCUCUGGCGCUGUAAACCUGGUGAAGAUGGAUCUCAGCAAUAAUCUCUUGUGGGGAGGAAUCCCUCCACAGAUUGGGAACCUCAGAAAGCUUAAUCUACUCAUGCUGCAAGGAAACAAGCUCAAUUCUUCAAUCCCCAAUUCGCUCUCUUCCCUGAAAUCACUCAACGUUCUUGAUCUUUCCAACAACCUUUUGACUGGGACUAUCCCAGAGAGCCUCGGUGAACUUUCAGCGACUUCCAUAAACUUCUCAAACAAUCUCCUCUCUGGUCCAAUCCCAGUUAUACUGAUCAAAGAAGGGCUUGUGGAGAGCUUCUCAGGAAACCCGGGCCUCUGCGUUCCGGUUCCCGUGACUUCAUCGUCCAAUCAAAUGUUCCCAAUAUGCUCACAGAGAAGCAGCUACAAAAAGAAGAUGAACUCCAUCUGGGUAAUUGGCGUCUCAGUAGCCAUCAUAGUAGUGGGAAUUCUGCUACUCCUCAAACGUCGAUUCAGUAGAGAAAGGACGGUGAUGGAGCACGACGAGACCAUGUCCACAUCGUUCUUCUCCUACGAUGUGAAGAGCUUCCACCGAAUUAGCUUCGACCAGAGACAGAUUGUUGAAUCCAUGGUCGACAAGAACAUAGUGGGGCGUGGUGGGUCAGGCACGGUGUACAAGAUCGAGCUCAGCAGUGGGGAAGUGGUGGCAGUGAAGAGGCUGUGGAGCAGCAAAAGAGGGAAAGACUCGGCAUCAGAUGUCACUUCCCAGUUGCUUAUGGACAAGGAGCUGAAGACGGAGGUGGAGACACUUGGGAGCAUAAGGCACAAGAACAUAGUGAAGCUCUACUGUUAUUUCUCGAGCCUGGAUUGCAGCCUGCUGGUUUACGAGUACAUGCCGAAUGGGAACUUGUGGGAUGCGCUGCACAAAGGGUGGAUUCAUCUGACUUGGGCUGCACGUCAUCAGAUAGCACUUGGGGUCGCCCAAGGGUUAGCGUACCUUCAUCAUGACCUGUUGCCACCAAUCAUCCACCGGGAUAUCAAGUCAAGCAACAUCCUGUUGGAUAUCCAUUACCAGCCUAAGGUUGCAGAUUUUGGGGUAGCCAAGGUUUUGCAAGCUAGAGGUGGGAAAGAUUCCACUACUACUGUUAUUGCUGGCACAUAUGGUUACUUGGCUCCAGAAUAUGCAUUCUCAUCGAAGGCAACUACCAAGUGCGAUGUGUACAGUUUUGGGGUCGUGCUGUUGGAGCUAAUAACGGGGAGGAAGCCCGUCGAGGCAGAAUUUGGAGACAACAAGAACAUCAUUUAUUGGGUCUCAACCAAAGUGGAGACCAAGGAGGGAGUGAUGGAAGUCCUAGACAAGAAGCUGUCAGGAUCCUUCAGAGAUGAGAUGAUCCAAGUCCUUAGGAUCGCCAUUCGAUGUACCUGCAAGACUCCGGCCCUAAGGCCAACCAUGAACGAGGUUGUCCAGUUACUUAUCGAGGCAGAUCCUUGCAGAUUCGAUUCAAGCAAGCCGUCGAACAAGACCAAGGAGACAUCAAAUGUGAGCAAGAUCAAGAACCCAUUUGAGUUGUGAUCUGCACAUAGAAGUGGGCAGGGUUUGAUGACGAAGAAGGUUAUAGGUCAAACGCAUAACUAUAGAAUCUAUAUAGAAGUAUUAUAUUGAUCAAAAUAGUGCAUGGCCUCCUUUUAGCUUACAUGAAUUUGAGAGGCUAAUCAUAAAGAUCAUCAACUUGCUCUUUUUUUCAAUAACCUUUUGAACAAAGAAAGCAGCUUGUAGAUACUUUUUCUCGAUCAAUCUUAUCUCUUUGUGGUUCUUCCAUUGUAUGCGUUUCAUUCCCGUGGUAAAGAUGUGAGGAAUUUAGUUCCCUAGCUAGUUGCUUGAUAUAUUUUCCUCCUUUUUCCUCUCCACCCACCAUUUCUUAAGAGUGAAUCCAUCAAGAAAAGAAUAGACUACAAAAGGAGAAUGAUUGGCUUAGGAUUUUUUUUUUUUAGAAUGAUUGGCUUGGGAUGGUGGUAAGUUCUGAUUCGCAUGGAGCUUCUUUUUCUUUCCUCUAGAUAUUAAAUGGAGCCCUGAUUCCUAUUUUACAAAUUGCAUACUGAAGGGUCCACUUCAAUGAAGCCAUCAGCUGGAAAGGACUAAUUGAUUGAUCAAUGAAGCAUACAAACAACUACCCUUUAUACGUUCUUUCCUAUCUCUUUUGCUCCCUAGAGGAAUUUGAUGGCCUUCCUUGUGGUGGUAGAGGGAUAUUAGAACAUAAGGUCGCUAAGCUUCUUUCGCUAUUGAGAGUCAAGAAUCCAUCACUUGAAAAUUGGAACCCUAAGAAAAAGGUUAUUCCCAG